CAGAAACUCCUCACACCCCCGACCCCUCUCAUCUAUCCUUCAUGCAAUCUCCAUUGCCAUUGAUCUGAGGCAGCCUCACUAAACUAACUAUAUAUCUCACUGGAUUGAAAAACAACCAACAGCAUAAAUCUUUUUCCUCUCUAUGCUAAGUCGGUUCACAUCAAACAGAUUCAUAUAUUACUGAACUAGUUUCAUCAAUCACUAACAUUUCUGAUCAUCAUUCCACUUAUUCAUCACUUCCGGUUGAACUUUGCACCCUCUAGAAAAUACGGAUAGAGGGCUUAGGGAAGAAGAUAUUGGAGAAGAUGGCUGGAGGACGACAUUCUAAGCAGCACCAUUGGAGUGUCAUGUGUUUUAUGUUGACUGUUCUGUGUGUUUUGUUUCAUGGAUUUUUGUCGACUGAAGCAAGUAGGCUUGGGAGGGUACUGGAGAAAAACAGAGGAAACAACGGAGAGCAGAGCAGGAGGACAACUGUUAUGGCGGCGGCAGAUGUUGCGCUGGCAACUGGCGGCUAUGGAAAAGGUGGGAAAGGUGGUUUGGUUCCUGGAGGGAGUUAUGGUCAAGGGGGUGAAUCAGGUUAUGGGAAUGGGAACAAUGGAAAGUGUACUCGAGGUGAUUGUCGUGGCGGUGGCGCAGGAGACUACUGUGGGGGAUGGAGCGGUGGUUGUGGUGGUGGAGGCGGGGAAGGAAGGACUUAUGGUCCCGGAGGGAAAGGUAGUGGGGAAUAUGGAGGUUCCGGUGGUGACAUUGGUGGCGGGUGGCGGUGGCGGUGGUGGUGGUGGGGGUUUUGCUAGAGGUGGGUAUGGCGGUGAUAAUGGUGGCGGUGGAGGUGGGGGUGGCGGUGGGGGUUUUGCUAAGGGUGGGUAUGGCCGUGAUAAGGGAAACUAUGGCGAUGGAGGUUUUGGUAAAGGUGGGUAUGGUGGUGAUAAUGGUAGUUUUGGUGGUGGUGGGGGUUCUGGUAGUGGUUUUGGAGGUGAUACUGGUAAUUUUGGUGAAGGUAGUGGUGGUUAUGGACAUUAUGGACCCGGUAGCUAAUAGAUGGUUGGCUCUCAAGAGAAUUAGGAAUGAAACUUCAUCAAAUAUCAUAUAGGCACUUGCUAAUGAUCACCAUUUGCUGCAAAAGUUAGCCUGCUGUUAUUAUAUUUAGUAGUAUUUACAUGUUUAGUCUCUUAGACUUGUAGUUGACAACAUUGGCCAAUGCUAUAGUUACAAUAAGCACAUCAAUGAUAACAUGACAAGUAUUAUUACUAUGUAUUGUUGUUAUUUUAAUAAUAAUUAUUAUAUUAUUAAAUUUGGCAAUAAAUGUUACGUACUACUGAAA